AUGGGCGAAAAUCAAGGAAAGAAGGAAGGAAAGAAGGAAGGAAAGAAGGAAGGAAAGAAGGAAAGGAAGAAGGAAGGGAAGAAGGAAGGAAAGAAGAGCGUAAAAGAGGAAGAUACUACGUAA